AUCUUAAUAGCUUUCAAUAUGUUCAAAUCUGUCUUGAUACUGUUGUUUAUUUUUGAAAAUGUUGCGAUGCAACAAGAGUCAUGGGAGUUGGAAUUCGAUCCAAUGGCUAUUGACAACGGUUAUUUUGGUGAAAACUGGUUUGACAGUGACGAUAAAAUCGAGACAACAGCAGAAGAUUACGAUCGUCACCGGCGGCAAACCUGGGUGAACCGCUAUCGAUUGGAAAACGAGCGAGACAAUGUACAAGGUGAUAACGAUGACUGCCCAAACAAAUGCACUUGUCGUCUGCCGCACGAAGUACAUUGCACUUUUAAAUUUUUAACCCACUUGCCGAAGGAUAUUCCACAAAGCGUUAGAAAACUUAAUGUUGCAUAUAACAGAUUGACAAAUUUACGUCCACGUUCGUUGAUCAAAUUUGGAAUCAAUUUGCGAUCAUUGUAUCUCAACAGCAACAAUAUUAGGAUUCUUGCAAAUGGAUUGUUCUCUGAAAUGUUCAAGCUUGAAGUCUUAAGACUGAGUUGGAACAAGCUCGCAGGAAUUCGUAAAAGCACAUUUCAAGGUUUAUUGAAUCUUCAACGACUAUCUCUUGAUAACAAUCACCUAACAUUUAUACAUCCACUCGCAUUUCGUGGACUUGUAAGUUUAAAACUAUUACAACUGGAUGGUAACAGAUUAUCAAGAUUACAGAGUGAUGUUUUUGUGACGAUUGAAUUCCAACGAUUUUUCAAAUAUUCGAGUAUUGAGUAUUUAUAUCUUGCAAAGAAUAAUUUCACUCUUCUUCCGCGGCAUUUAUUUGACCACAUGAUUGUGCUUCAAUCAGUAUACUUACACAGCAAUUUGUGGGAUUGUACGUGUGAAGCGAAAUGGAUGAAAUCGUGGAUUCAGGAUAAAAAUAAAUACAAAUGCAAAAGAAAUUCGUGGAGAACCACAUUACCAUUAGAAUGUGCAAUGUGCAAUUCUCCUUUACAUCUAAAAGGAGAAAAACUAGAGAACGUACAUGCUGGUAAUUUCACGUGUGAACCUCCGCGAUUAUAUUCUGCACAGGACUGGAGUAAUGACGAACCUUUGAAAAGGAGAUUCAAUUUGAAAGAAAUUGAUCUGAAAAACGAAAAUUUACUGUUUCGAUGCAGCGGUUUAACCUCAACACGUAUAAACAUAAGACUGGAUAGUCAUAGAAGAUCUGUACUUCUUGCCAAAUGCAAUUUCUCUGAUGUUCCAGUGGUAACUGUGACGGAAAAUGGACGCUCUAUGAAUUCAAGUCGGGCGGAACCAGACAGCACAAAUUUCACAAAAUCAUAUUCUGCUACAUUUACUGCACACCUGCAAUGCGAUAUUGAAUACCCAGAAAACCCAACGAUACUGAACAAAAUAAUAACUUCAUAUCUAGACAAGGAGAUGCUACUGACUGAAAGAAGGAAAAGAUAUCAAAAAUCAACUCUAAAUAAUCAACGUGCAUACUCAAUUUCGGUCGCAAAUAUGUCGGCUAUUCCAGCAAUUCCUUUGACAACUGCAAGCAUAUCAAAUGUUGCUGAAUUUCCUUUAUAUCAACACGCCAGAGUGACGUUUCAAUCAAGAAAUAUGAGCGUCGAGAAAAGAAAGAUAAACGUUCAAUACUAUACUUCGUUCACCCAUGUUCACACAGCCACGGAUUCCAUGGAAUUAAUAAAACGACCAUGGGUGUUGAUAAAACAGCCAAAUCCGGCUAUCAUUAACGUUGAGAUAGCACUGGAAGGACGAACAGCAAUAUUAAAAUGCAAAACAGUUGGUAAUCCGAAACCAAAAGUUGACUGGGGAAGGAAACAAGUUAAUUUGGAUUGGUAUUUAAUAUAA